AUGUUAUGGCAAGACAUUACAGCCGAACAGAUACAAUCCGUACUUUCUGAUGUAUCGAAUGUUGAGGACUUGAAACAGAAUAUGAAUGAAGUUUUGGAUUUGUAUGAGCUCUAUCCGAACUUAUCCGUAAAACAAUAUGAAAUUCUUUCGGAUUUAUUCAUGCAUACGAUCAUGUUCUGUAUGAGAAAUAGGUUUACUCUCGAGAAGAUUUCUGCCUUAUUUACCAUUGUAAAGGAAAUUCAUAAGGAUACGUCGAACAAUGAUAUUUCUCUGUACGACAGUUUUGUUCAUUUCAAACAGCUCGUCACAAAAUAUAGUGUACAUAGACCUCCCUUCAGCAUUGAGGUGUUUCAUGUCGACGACGUGAAGAAAAUUUCAGAAUAUGUCUAUAACACAUUUUACCGUCACUACAAAAUGUAUCAAUAUGUUUUUUGCCCAAAGCAAACAGCUUCCGUCACUAUUGUACCUUCUCCAUCACAAUUAAUUCUCCCAAAACCAUUCGAGAUGCUUGGUUUGGGAAAAGCUAUGACUCAGCAAGAAUUCCAAGAAAAGAAGCAACAACAACAGUUGGCUGAUGACACGAAAGCAAAACAAAAUACUACAACUCCUCAAGCUACUCCUCGAGUUGAGAACAAUGAACAACCAAUAGCAAAAGAAGAAGCACCACAAUCUGAGACAUCACAAAAGAAACAACCUCCACAUCCUCAAAUUCUCAAACAAUUGGAACCUAUCAAAAAAGAAAUUGAGGAAAUGACUCAAAACAGAAUUUCAGAACUCGAAUCCAGAAUAUCUGAGUUGGAGCAAAUGGUCGCAGAAAAGAAGCCUCUAAGGCACCAGUCAAACGAUAAAACCUUUCAUUAA